AGUGAGGUCAUUCAGAGCUGGAAAAGGGACUUCAGAACUGGACAGCUGUGAAGUACACUGAACCAGACUGGCAAGGAUUAUCUGAACAUGGAGAGUGAGAAAACAGAAACAGAGGGGAAGACAGAAGAUACAGAGGGGAAUGUUGAAGAAGCUAGCCAGGGGAUUUCUCAGCUGUGGGGUCUGGUGGUUGAGCUGCGCGAGGGGCUCCAGGCGGCGCUGGGGGAGCUGUGCGAGCUGCGUCAAAAGGACCACGGUUUGGAAGAGAAGCUCCAGGCCCAUCAGACUGAUGUGGAUGAUAAGAUAAUGGGCCUCAAGAACACGCUCAACACAUUUAAGGAGGAGCUGAAUGUGGCGUUGUUCCACAUCAGGGACAUUUCGAGCAGACAAAGAGAUGUUCAGAAGAGGAUAGAACUGCUGCACUCAGAAAACAAAGAUAUGAUGUCAGUUCCACACAGCAGAAAGAGCUCCAAGGCUGAUGUGCUGACAGCAUCCAGUGAUGAACACAUCUGUGUGCCCAGCCAAUCAGAGCUCAGUGGUAUUCAGCACUUUUUCCCCAAUACGCAAAGCAGCGUGUCACCGCCGAGGAGCACCACGUCGACUCAGACCUCCACGUCUGAGCAGGACCAGCAAAGAUCUUGUCCUGAGACCAAUAGUCAGACUGAAAUAAAUAAAAGACAGAGAGCAGCCUUGGAGCUGCUGGAGUCUGAGAGGGUUUACGUGUCCCACCUUUCUCUGCUUCUGAAGGCAAACAUCUCCUUUAACGGAUCAGAAGCCCUCACUUCCAAAGACAAACGUCCAUUUCCCAGCUCUUUGAGGUUUCUGAUCCAGCAGCACCUUGAGCUCCUUCAUACUCUUCAAGAACGUGUGCUCAAAUGCCAGUGGCAAGGCAUCAUGGGAGAUAUAUUCAUGAGGCUUACAAGUAAAGAGAGUGAUUUCUUGGAUUUUUAUGUGUCCUACCUGAAGGAGCUUCCAGACUGCCUGUCAGUUGUCAACAUGCUGGCCACCAGCUCCAUGAAGUCUUCGGCCUUGCUUGAGAGUGACAUAACAGGUGAUGAAUCCAAACCCUCCCUCUACACUCUGCUGCUUCAGCCAGUUCAGAGGAUCCCCGAGUACCUGCUGCUUUUACAGGGACUACUUAGGCAGACUGAUGCAGAGCAUCCAGACUACUAUCUGCUGCUGGUGUGCAUACAGCAGUUCAGGGCUUUUACUACACAGUACCACCACCUCCUCCAGCACAAUCAAGAGCUUCUGCUGCUCAACCGCAAGGAGGUGAAGAGGUCUACCAUGAAACAGCUGUUAAAGACAGUAGAGAGUGGGAUUCAAGCCAGCAACACUGGCUCACCGUACCCUUGCAGCAGCGCAAUGCUGGAACAUGCCAACCAGGUGAGGCGCAGAAAGCAGUGUCUCCUGGAACAGAUUCAACCUGCAGAGUUCCGCCAGGUUCAGCCGGGAUCUGCUCUGGCAGAUGCCCUCGGAGAGUUUCUCCUUCCUCCAGAUCCCCCUGGGCUGGAGAACCUCUAUGAAGAAGAUGGAGGCUCCUAUCAUGAUACCUCCAUGUUGGACCGCUGUUCUUCUGCCUCCUCUGAUUCCUCCAUUGACAUUGCCUUUGUGAAGUGCCCAAAAGCCCCCCCAGCGUCACAUCACGGAAUAGCAACAAAUGUGUCGACUACCCGCGAUGUUUUUGGCAACAUAGGAAGCCAAGGGAAUGGCUACAGCAAACUGCCCAACCGGGGUUGUGUCUCUCCAGACGAAGCUGUUCUUAUGCGUCGCAAUCAGCAUCGCCCCCUUCAGGCAAGCCAACGUAAGAGCAAGUCACUGAAUGGGCUGCAAAUGGAGAACACAGUGAGUGGUCUGGACAGUGGACCUCUAUCAGACCAUCUCCAUAGGGUGGGAUUGGGCAGCCAUGCCAAACUGGAGCGCCAGAGCAGUAAAGGCAGCAAAGGAAGUUCCACCCCCUCCCGUAAGGUCCAGACCCCCUUGGCGAACAGAGCCGACAGUGACAAGCAGAGCCCUGAUCUUCAUGGACUGCUCAGCAUAGACACAGGAAUCCAGUCAUGGGGCGAUGAGUCCAAGUGGAGGAGUGGGACAGAGGACAGUAACCACACCCCCUUCAGCGAGAGGAGUCGCAAAGACAAAGGAGGCUUUAGGAGCUCUUUCAAGAAACUGUUCAAGAAAAAAACUAGUGAUGAGAAAAAGGAGAAAGGAGGCGAGAAGACACCAGAAAGUCAAAAUAAUGGUGAAUAUGAGUCACCGGGGAAAAACCCCAAACUGAUCCAGCUGGAGAUGAAUCGCGGCACAGCUGUAUGAGCACGGCUCUGCAAACAGGCACUGUGACACAUGAACAAAGAUGCUGUAUAACACAUGCAUGUACAUCAUACAUAUAUACUAAUGAGAGAAAAUAGAGGCUGUUUUUCCUUUCUUUAAAACGUAUAGACGCUGUAUAAACGCUGUACAGAUAUAAGCAACUGAUUUAUGUUUCAAUUACAAAAUCCUUCAUACUGAGGGAAAUAUGAUGCGGUUAUACAGUAAAUACUGAGCUCUUUUGCUAAUAUUCAGUGUUAUUAUGUUAAGCUGUAGAGCAAAAGACUAGCAAAAAGACAGGCAGUAAACAACAUAAAUUAAACAUGACUCCAUGGUUAAAAACAAUAUAAUUUUGUGUCAGUUAACAUUUAGAUGUGUGAUGAAUGUAGCCCCACACUGUAAAAAGUCUCACUCCAUUUUUUUUCCUCUAUAAAAUGUUCCAGACACAUAACAUGUUCCCUUUUCUUUUCCACCCUGACAAAAAGGUUGUAUCACUCCAGCUCAUCUUUCUUUCUUUCAGUCUUCUUAAUGAUUUUAAGCAAUACCCAGAAUUACAUUGUUGCAUAUACUCAGGAGAACAAAUACUAAGCCGGUAAAAUUUGUGUAUGUUUGUUCGUGAUUAAACAUUUUGCUGAAAGACAGUAAUGUACAUUUUUUGUCAUUGUGAUGAUUAUUUCUAUGAAUUGUUUUGUGAAGAAAGACGAAUGUCAGAAUUUUGAAUAAAGGUCCA